AUGACGUCGGAGAAAGAGGCUCAUGGUCAGUGCAUGCUCACCUACUGGCACCGUUACAUGCUGGUGGCUUUUGAGAACAUGCUCCGUGGUCAAGGUGCCGCCUACGCAUGUGUGACAGUGCCAUAUUUCAAUUGGAUCACUGCCAGUGCUCGAGUCACAUCGGGUGCUUGCUCGUCUUUUGGCAAUUGUUUGGCCAUCACGCAGGAGUUGGGUGGCUGGACUAAUGGCACAAUACGCUCGCUGUCAAUUAACGGGAUCAGCAACAUCGGUCGAUGUGUGAGCGCGUCACCGCUUGACCGCUUCUGCGAGCUCACCUCCACGACGGGAUGUAGCUGUGCUCGCUGUGUUCCUCGCAGUGACUGGGGCUGCCACAAUCACGUACACGGUAGCUUGGGCAGUACGAUGGGGAACUUCACUUCUCCCGCCGACCCAAUCUUUUGGUCACACCAUGCCAUGGUGGACUUGUUGCACGUCACCUUCCACAAAUGCCGUGUUGGAACGGAGCGAUUGACUUUCGCCCAGAAGGCGUCACACCCGGUGGCUUGGACGUCGUGUGCUCGUCGUAAUUCGACAGUCACCUUCCGACCGACUGACGAGGUGACAAUGCGCACGGGGGAGCGGGGCAUGAAUCCUAUAGCGGCUUCGACGGACCCUCUUAUCGGUCGGUUCGAGCAGCUACGAAUACUACAUCAGUGGUCAAGUGGCGACCAUGUACACUCAGUGUGA